AUGAAGAUUACACGGCCACCGGCACCCUGGUUAAAUGCUGAGGACAUCAAACAGUUACAAUCUGAAAGGAACAAGCUUCGACAUCUCGCUCAUGCCACAAAGAAAGAUAGCAUUUGGCAAUUAUUCCGUGGAAUCAGAAAUAAGAUCAAAACUAGAAUCAAGGAAGCAAAACGAUCCUUCUACCGGAAAGCUCUAUCGUCGAGAAAACCCAAAGAUCUCUGGCGCACAAUCCAUCGCAUCUUACAUCCCAGUCAACAAAAAAUUUCUGCGGAUUCCAAUGUAUUGAACCACCAUUUUAGUACAACCUCUCAACGUCUGUUGGGAACUUCCCCUUCAUCAUCAGACGACUUACGGAAUCUGAUUAACACUUUUCCAGAUAACACUAACCACUCCUUUACUUUACGUCCAGCAACCUUUCGGGAGGUUUUAAAUGAAAUAAAAGGUCUACGAUCAGAUUGCUCAACCGGGACGGAUCAAAUACCAGUUAAAUACAUUAAGCUGGCAGCAGACUGGAUUGCUUCACCACUGACUCACAUCAUCAACCAUUACAUCUCUAAUAACUCGUUUCCAAAAAUUUGGAAGCUUGCACGAGUCUCCCCAAUACCUAAAACUGACCACCCUGUCGAAUUGGAUGAUUUCAGGCCUAUUGCAAUUUUGCCAGCCUUAUCAAAAAUCUACGAACACCUUGUUCUCAAACAGUUGCUUUUAUACAUAGAAGACCAUAACAUACUCCACAGUGGUAUGUCAGGAUACCGCAAAGGGCACUCCACCAACUCAGUGUUACUGCGAAUCAGAGACGACAUCAUUCGUGCGAUGAAAAAAGGAGAAGUUACGCUCAUCGCCUUCGCUGACUUCUCUAAAGCAUUUGACACUGUCGAGUAUGCCACCGUGUUUAAGAAACUUCACAACGUUGGUUUCUCUCAUGAUGCAAUCUAUUGGGUAUUGAAUUACUUAGCUGGGAGAAAACAGUAUGUUCAAAUUGAUGAGAAACAAUCGCAGGUAGUUGAUGUACAGUUUGGAGUGCCGCAGGGAUCUAUUUUGGGGCCUGUGCUGUUUAAUUUGUAUGUAAACGAUUUGGAACCAGAUUUGGAAUGCUCAUGCUAUCAGUAUGCCGAUGAUACGACCUUGUAUCGACAUAGCGUCCCUUCAAAGAUACAUGAAUGCGCUAAGAAACUUCAGGAUGCAAUGACUGUGCUUGAAAACUGGGCAGUAGAAUCAAAUCUCGCCCUUAAUGAGACAAAAACCAAACAAAUGUUAAUAACAACCUCGAAAAUGUCCAGAGUACACGGACUUGACACCGUUGUUCCUGAUAUCAGAGUCAAGGCACAAACAUUAGAGAAAGUUGAAGAAUUCAAACUUUUAGGCACAUGGUUUAGUGAUAACCUCAAAUGGGGAUGUCACAUAAAACACGUAACUUCAUCUUGUUACGCAGUUCUCUCCACCUUAAAGAAAUUAAGAAAUCUUACACCAUUCCAUAUCAAAAAACAGUUGGCAGAAUCUUUGAUACUUUCAAAAAUAUUUUAUAAUAUAGUCGUCUAUCACCCACUCCCCGCGACCCAACUAAAGAAACUACAGCGCGUCCAAAACGCAGCCGCAAGCUUUGUAACCAACAAAUACUGUCGCAUAGGAGAUGUGUUGUCAUUGGGAUGGCUGCCAAUACAUGAAAGAACCGAAUUUGAACUUAUGCGUUUCGCGCACAAGUCCAUAUGGGAUCAUUCCUGGCCUCAAUACCUGAGAUUAGAACUGCGUACUAACAAUCGAUCAAGUAAUGCCCCAUCGUUAAUGGUACCAUUGGAAACAGGAACAUUUCAGGAUUGUUGUGCGAAGAUUUUUAAUGAACUACCUACACAUUUGAGAAAUGUUCACGAUUACAGACCCUUUUUGAACACACUCAAAACUCUCCUUCUGAAUAAGGCUCGAGAACGAAUCGAACAUUUAUAACAUUUUAGCUAUUUGAUUCAAUUUUUAGCUUAACUAUUUCAUAUACAUUAAUCUACUUUUACUAUUUUUCCAAAUAUCAUAUAUACAUAUAUAUUUAUCUUAGUUUAGGUAUUAAGGAUGUAGAGCUACUAUGUAGAUAUGCCUUAAUAAAUUCGUUAUUAUUAUUAUUAUUAUUACUAGUGCAAGUAAAACAAGGACGCAUGCGGAGAAAAGACGAUGGAAAAAGGUAAUAAUAAUUCUCGUUUCAGAGCGUAAUUCAUGUCAUUUAUGUUUCUACAAAAUCAUAAUUAUAGUAAUCAAGUAUAGCUGCAGUAUAUGCCUUACCAAUUGGGCAAUAUUUGGCAAAAGUCACUGCAGAGCCAUAGGUCUCUCAGAGUCAUGGGGGGUUGUGGGGGGCGGUUAUUUAUUUCUUUGCCUUAGGCCUUUACAGGCCCUAUUAUGAUUUAUGGGCUGUAUAGUAGUUUUCAAGAAACAUACAUGAGAACAUUUAUUAUACAAAUAUUUUCUAAUAUUUAUAGGCACUCGAUGAUUUUUACAUGCCAGGGAAUCAGCAAAAAAAGGAGAAUCUUCAAGCGAAAAUGAAGUCGAAAGUCAAAGUGUGUCAAACUUGGAGUCAUUAGAGGAAUUGCCAAACCAGCCAACUGGCCCAAGCGAGACAGUCGAAACUGAAAUACUGCGGUUUUCUAACACGAGAGUAAAAUCAACACAGACGUCAACGAAGAAACCAGCGAAAAGAACAGUCAGAACGCAGACACUGAUGACAUCAACUUCCACGUUUUUUCAAACGCCAGCAGCAACAAGAUCUGUCGAGACACAGAUGCUAACGACAUCAGAUUUGACGUGCGCAAUGGAAAUGGAAUAUUCAACCACUUCGCCUUCACCCGCUUCUGGUGCGCAACCGGUAGACAGUGUUACUCUUACUAUGCCAGACAAUGUGACGACAAUCAGAGCAGAUUCGACCCAAACUACAGUAACAGAGGUUGACAUGGAGAGCGUAAAGAGUAGCAGUUCAAGCACGGCCGAAACAGUCACAUUACACAGUGACUUGAAUGUUCCAAUCAAGACGUCAUCCACUGAAAGCGACGAAAGCAGCGAAGAGGACAUUGAUUCGGAAAAACGGACAAUUCUGAUGCAUGGGAAACCGCCCCAAGAGCAGGUGAAAUUUAUCGUUUUCGAAGAAGCGAUUCUGGAUAUUUUUGGUAAAUGUGCCCAGUGUGGUGCAAAAUGUAUUGUGACAAUGGAGAAUCAAAUUGGCUCAUCAUGCUCAUCAUGCACGACUAAAGCUGAGCAUUCUUUUGAGUGGUCAACUGCUCCGUCCCUGUUCAAAAUGCCUGCAUUCCAUCUCCUGUUGGCAUCUGGCAUUCUCGCAACAGGAAUGGAAUCGUCGAAAGUUCUUCGACUCUUCAAUGCGUUAAAUAUUCCCAACCUGCAGCAACGGGAGUUGUCAAAUAUAUUAAAGAAUUAUGUAAUUCCUGCAGUUUACGAAGUUUGGCAAGAGGAACAAUCUGCAAGGUUACGAGAAAUACAAGGUCACGAAAUUGUGAUUGCAUCGGAUAUGCGUGUUGACAGUCCUGGUCACAGUGGCGUAUUUGGAUCAGGAAGUACGCUGAACAUGGGAAGAAAUGUUGUGCUGGAUACCCAAGUAAUCAAGGUAUAAAACCUACAGUAAUUGUAUUAAAAUAGAGCAUUUUCAAACAUAGAAAUUCUAUUGGAAAAUUCAUGAUCAAAUUUUAAAAUUUUGUUUCUAAUGUCCAACCUUUUAUUGUACGCUAUCGAUGAAGGCACAUAAGUUCAUUUCAGUUCUAAAAGUUCCACCAGAUUACUGAUUAAUCGGUGGACAUGAAAAUGUGGAAAUCUAAAGUUUAAAACCUGUGAGCUUUAUGCAUCAGUAAUUUGAACCCCCCUUCCCAGUGACCAAUCAAGGUUCACACGCAAAGAGAGUGAAUUCCCCCGGUGUCCCUGAGGUGUGUGUGUUGGAGGGGGAGGGGGUUUCAAAUGACUGAUGCAUUACUCUCAUAGCGGUGGUUUAACCAUAAUUAGUACUGAAUUUAUAUAUUUAUCAGUCUACAGAAGUGAAAAACUCCAAUGCAAUGGAACUUGAAUCACUGAAACGACAGCUGAAAUACUUGGAGGACAACAGAGUUGAGGUGAAUAAGUUGGUCACAGAUCGGCAUAUUCAAGUAUCCGCGUAUAUGGCAAAUGAAAAACGAGAGGUGGAACACUCGUAUGAUGUCUGGCAUGUAGCAAAAGGUAUAACAUAAGUAUGGAAUGUCUGUAUAUGAUUGGUUUGUGCAAGUAAUUCAGCCAAUCUUGGCGAAUUGCAAAACCAAUAAUACACAUAAUACACAACACCACCAUACAAAUAUGCCAUAAUUAAAUUAGAUUAUAUUCAAUAACAUUUUUCAAUUAUAUAGCUACUUACAAUUAUAAGUAAUUUUUUCUACGAUUAUUCUCUUUACCGUUUUGAAGGUGAAAAGAAGAAAUUGAUAAAGGUUGCAAAGAAGAAGAAAUUUCAGAAAAUUAAGCCAUGGAUUGGAGUAAGAAAAAUAAAAAAUGCCUCUGAAUUCAGGUCGGCAAUCGGCAAAUGCUGACCUGAUUGCCGACCUAUUGUCAUGUUAGGAUGGAAAAUAUUACCUGCUGCAGACCUGUUUGCAUUUCAACUCAGCAUGUUUCUACCGACCUGAUAUUUUGCUAAUUCAGAGACCUACAUUAUUCACUUAUUUUUUAACUUUAUACUUGACAGUCAAUCAUUAAUCCCCGAGCCGACGGCGCUGCGAGGGUACUAAUUCCCCCCGGCUAUUUACACCCGGGGAUACGAAAGCAUUAGCGGAGUCUAAAGUUCAUCAAAUAUCGCGGGCGUGGGUGACCAACCGUGGGUAGUCAUCCUCACUGAUCUCAAAUAUAUGGCGGACUGACAUGAAUAAUUGGUCCAAUUUAAAAUUUGCAUUAUAACGACUGCAUGACGACAGCGAAAUAACAAACAUUUCUUGAUUUGAUGAUUGAUGAAUUUUUUACUCGCAUUUUUGCAAGCUUUUGUAAAUUUCAAAAGUUUUCUCAUAAAGAAAGGGCGAUCGAAUCGGCUAAAAGAAGGGAGCCGACAUUAACGAAGGUAAGUUUAUUUUAAAUAUUGAUUUUAUAAUGUAUUUAAAACCUGACGGCCUUUGCGUAUAUGAAACAACUAAACAAGACAGCAUAUAAUUUCAGUGUAUCUUUAAUAUUGAUUCCCUUUUUUAUUAUAUUGAAUUUUUUAAAUAAAAAAGAAAGCAAAGUUAUUUGCAAGCAAAAAUUUUAAAUCAUUUUAUUGCAAACUCAAAGUUUAAUCGAUAAAGUCAUUUAAUUAUAAAAGGCUGUUUAGUUUUAUAAAGAACACUUUAAAACGUUUUGCGACGCGUUUGUGGUUGAAUUUUAUCUUAAAUUGAAGCCUAUAUUACGUAUACAUAAGACAUAUGUUGUGAAAUUGAUAAUUUUGUAAUUAAAAGUGAUAUUUUUACGAGAUUUGUAAGAAUAUUCUUAAAAAAUUAUCGUGUUACCAUGACAACUGCUCUGGAUACUUCAUGUUCGAAAAAUACAAUGGUUUUGUCAGCAAGGCGAGGGUUUCUGCAUGCAUGUAUUUUCUAGUCAUAUAUACUGGAUUGCUGACUCGAGUGAAACCGAAGAUGAAAAGGAAGAAAAAUGGCGCAGCAUUCUUAAUCACAUCGUCGACAUUCACGAACAUGCUGACCACAGCAUCUUCGUUGAAUGUCUUCAUGGCACACUUGAAAGAGAAUGGCUUAGAAAAGGUUGAGUAAAAUUCAAUGAAUAGGGCAAAUCAGGCCAUGUUUACUUAGCAAUUCAUCAAAUCUAGGUUAAUAAUGGAGAUGUUAAAACACCUUCCCCCCCCUGAUUACUAAAGCAUGUGACCUAUUAUCAUAACUUUAUUAUCUACAUUACAGGAUCAGCUGCUUACAAAAAGUUAGAAGAGAUGCUAACAAGACCCAGACUUAUUGCUGCAAUCCGUAAGUUAUCACAACAUCACCAGACAUCUGGCUUGGAGGCCAAACAUGCUUUGGAUAACUUGUUUGCUUCAAAAAAUACUUAUCACUCUUAUCAUUCACUGAGUGCAAGGUUAGUUUUUUUAAACUUUGGCCCUCAGUUUUAGGUAUUUGCAAUGCAGGACAUGUAGGUCAAAUACUCUUUGUUUGACACUGGUGUGACACAAUUCAGUUUGUUCACAGGCCACCAAUAUCAUUUGCUCAUUAUUUUCUUAUAUUGUUGUAUUCAGAUUGUACUGCUCAAACUUGCACUACAACGAAAAUAGCAACAGGAAGCAAGCGGCAACUGCUGAUGGGAAGUUAAAAUGGACAGUAUCCUAUCCAAAGGCAUUCAAGGGGGAGAAGGCAGUUGCCAAGCCAUUAAAGGAAAAGCCAACCUAUAGUAAGAAUUUAAUUUUCCCCUAGAUUUUACACUAGAAGCAAGUAAAUUAUUGCUAAAUAUUUAUUAUAUAUUUGUAAGUUCCCCCAACAUACCAUUACCCAUAUAAAGUUUGUUCGUUCACUGCAACCAGGUAUAUCAAUCAUGUUUCGCUCGCUACUCUGGUUUAAAUAAAUGAUUACAAAGCCCAGUCGAAUUGUAAUCAAGACCCAACGUUUCGACACUCCAGUCUAGUGUCUUCAUCACCCCUGAUGAAGACACUAGACUGGAGAGUCGAAACGUUGGGUCUUGAUUACAAUUCGACUGGGCUUUGUAAUCAUUUAUUUAAACCAGAGUAGCGAGCGAAACAUGAUACCAUUACCCAUUAAUAUAAAUUUAAAAAGUUUUAAAAUAUUUUUCAACAGGAUAUAUACAGUUGAUACUAAACAAAGUUAUUGAGAUAAGAUGCCUGUACCCAUCACUGAAGAAAGCAGCAGUUGAUGCAAAUGAUGUGCUACCUGGUAAACCACAAUCUCUUGUUGAAAAGUACUUGGCAGGAAAGGAGCGACCCUCAAAGGAGGAUGUUGUGGCCAGCAGAAAAUCACGAUUCAGUACACCAGCUUUACCUGUAAGUAGAGAAAGGACAUCUGAUAGUAAGCCUUGUGCUUGUAAGGGAAAAUGUGCUACGAGAAAGUGUGAUUGCAGGGCCAUGGAAGUGCCCUGUAACAACAAAUGUAAAUGCAAAGUGGCAAAAUGUAUAAAUCGUGAAUGAGAAAAAUUUGAGCACUUUCUUAUUUAAAGACCAUGUAAAAUCUGUUCUGCACAUCAGGUCUGCACAUAACAAGUCAAGUCACGCAGAUGUAAACAGUGCCCAAAUUUUGUGUGUUUCAACCAUUUUUUAAUUGAAACUGGGACAGGUUCUUCGAAGCAUGUUUAGCUUAUAAGGUGGAUAUGCUCAAAAUUGAAAGCAACUUUAUAGAUUUAUUAACCCAUCACACACCAGCACUCUCCCCUUGACAACUAAAAUCGUCUCAGUAAAGAGUAAAAUAAUAAAGUAGGGCGCACUUAUCCACUGUUUAGGCUAAACAGGCUUCAAACAAUCAUCUCCUGUAGUUUAUAUUCAUUUAAAAGCAAGGUGAAUUAUUUCACAUAUUUUACAAAUAUAGCAGUUGAAAAUAUAAACAAAGCAUUUGUUUACAUACGGACUUUACAUGCUCUUUAUAUAUGAAUAUACACAUAUGAUUUUCAUUUAUAUAAAUAUGUAUAUAAGCUGGUAGCAGUUGAGUUAAAAUAUUUAUGUACUAUAAACAUUCGCCUUUUAGGCUCGCUUUAUAGGUUGAAUAUCUAUUGUAUUUAUACUGUAGUUGCAUUACUUAAGUAGCCAUUUAUUAAAAGAUUACCGUUUUGAUGUUUUGGCAUAUUUGAAAUGUGUGUAUAGGCCAUCAGGCGACGCAAAGCGUUCUCGUAUGCUUGAAUAAACACACGCAGGAAAUGGUCUGCGCUUCUUUUUCCCCAAUAUCUGAAAAAUCCAGCGUGAACAUCGUUGAUAGGCCACUAAGCGAUACAGCUUGUGAAUUUUCUCCAAAUCCCCAUCGUCAAGAGGCCAAUUUUCUUCCAGAUAGCGACAAACAUCUAUCUUUAGCACGCCUUCCGACAGCAUGUUAUCUCGAAAGUCCGGGUGUAGAGUUAAACAUUUUUCGCCUUGAGCUUCUGUUUCGUCAAGAAGCACUCCGUACUCGUCGUACUCUACCGCUUUUUCGUGGCAACAGAAACACUCUAUAGCCUUCGUUGACAAUGUACAAUGACCACAUUUACACCAGCUUAAAGUUUCAAGGCGCCAAGCGUUUGCUCUUUCAAAUUCGAUAUCGACUUCGUCCUCAGACGAAGACAAAACACUACCCCCUUCGGAAUCGCUUUCAUCGCUAUAAUUACUUGCUUCUGCGCCCUUUUCUGGCUCAAAUUGGUAAGGCAACACUUCUCCGACUUGGUUCUCGUGGAUAUUUUCCAUCACAAUACUAAAAAAGCUGCAAUUUCCUUUUAAAAUCAGCAAAGCAGUCAAUCACCAUUUAAAAAUAUAUCGCUGUUUUGAUUCUACCCAGCCAAUGACGUCACAACGGGUCAUGUGACCCAAAGAUAAUUUUUUGCGAAUUUCAUCCAAGAUGGCGGACGAAGUAUACAUUUUCGGUAAGUUUAGCUGCAAAUAACUCGUAAACAAAAGAGUUUGGGAAAAAAUUAAUGUCAUACCCAUUGCUAGAUGCCCCAACCCUUUCAUAAUAGGCAAUAAAAAUUUUCGUUGCCAAUGUCCUUUAACAGUGAACUUAAUUACGUGAAGAAGCGAAUAGACGAACUCAGAACAGCCCAAACAACUUUCACUGAGGGUGAAGAAGGAACCGUAAACAUCACAGGACCAUCAGGGAGCACCACUGUUCCAAGUGUCGACUUUGUGGAGGAUCCCAACGAUUUACUACCAGAUGUGCUAGAUGCAUUUAAUGAUUCAUUUUACGCUAAUUGGGAUAAUAUAGAGGACCGCCUGAGUAAACUAAAAAAGUUCUCAGAAGACCGUCUCACAGCAGAGAAGAAAAGGGACUUCGAAAACCAGGUGGAACGUGUACAAGCUGUCACAAGGGUUGUUCAAUUAAAGGAGAAAAUAGUACUCAACCCCAGGAACAAAAAUGUCAGGGAACUCAUCAAGCGAUCAUCCCCGCCGGGUCAGCUGUUCUCACAAAUCGUUCAUCUAAAAUAAACUUUUUCAAUAUAUUUCGGAUGGACAUGAAACUUACUACGUCAAUAUAACUUUCCAUUCCGAACAAUCGUAUGUUUUAUAUUUUUGAGAUGUAAAGGUUUUUGGCGGGAAAAUGACGUCACGAAACCUCCAGUUAAAAUUUAUUUUCAAUAUCUUAAUAGUUUUUAAGCAGAAUGUGGAAGAUCAUGUCAUGAAGAAUUCAAAACUGAAAACAAAUUUUAAAUAUAUUAAUCUAAUCACGAGAUACAGGGAGUUUAGAAUCGAAUUUUCCACCAUUUUGUUACUAUUUUUAGAUUUUUCACGGUUUUUAUGGUGAAAUAACUUUGGAUUAGGUUUAGAUAUUUAAAAUCCGUUUUCAGUUUUGAACUGUUCAUGACAUGUUCUUCCAAAUUCUGCGACAAAACUAUUAAGAUAUUGUAAGUAAAUUUUUAAUGGAGGUUUCGUGACGUCAUUUUCCCGCCAAUACCCGUUAAAUCUCAUAAAUUAAAAACAUACGAUUGUUCGGAAUGGAAAGUUAUAUUGAUGUAGCAAGUUUCAUGUCCAUCCGAAAUUUUUUGAAAAAGUUUAUAUUAGAUGAACGAUUUGUGAGAACAGCUGACCCGGCGUGUCUGUUAGAACACUCAACGAUGGAACAGAGGUCUUAAUGUUUAGAAUUGAGCAGGGUAUUAACAAAAGUGGUACCCAGAUAAUGAAACGUGGGAAGACCAGCAUUCCAACGUACUCUAAGAAUUCCACUGCACUGAGAGAGUACAAGGAACUAGUCAGGAAGAUUAAGGAGGAACCAUCAACUAGCACCCAAGCUCACACAAACGAAGACGAUGAUGAAGUGUAAUCACAGUUGUAGAUCGAG